AUGGCUCCUUUAAGCCUGCACAUCGAAGGCCACAAGUUUUAUGACUCCAAUAACCGGGAGAUUACUUUGCGGGGUAUCAAUGUCGCAGGCGAUGCAAAGUAUCCUACACGGCCGGACCUUCCAUCUCAUGUUGCAGAAGACUUUUACGAUGGCGACAAUGUUUCUUUCGUCAACCGGCCGUUCAGCAUAGCUGAUGCCCCGUUUCACUUCCGAAGGCUACGCAAAUGGGGUUAUAACACAAUAAGAUAUGUCUUCACCUGGGAAGCGAUCGAACACUCUGGACCUGGGAAGUAUGACGACGAAUGGGUUGCCUAUACGAUUGAAGUUCUACGCAUCGCAAAGCAACAUGAUUUCUAUGUCUUCAUGGAUCCUCACCAAGAUGUCUGGUCGCGAUUCUCUGGAGGAUCAGGAGCUCCUUUAUGGACGUUAUACGCAGCAGGUUUUAAUCCGACAGAAUUUAACAAAACACAAGCAGCUCUUGUUCAUAAUACAUGGCCUGACCCGGAAUCGUUCCCGAAGAUGAUUUGGAGUACCAACUAUACUCGGCUCGUAUGCCAAACCAUAUUCACUUUGUUCUGGGCGGGACGGGACUUUGCGCCCAAGGCGAUCAUCGACGGGCAAAAUAUACAAGAUUAUUUGCAACGGCAUUUCAUUGCAGCUUGCAGAUAUCUUGCCCAGAAAAUCCACGAAGCAAGAGAUUUAGAGAACGAUGUUGUUAUCGGGUGGGAGAGCAUGAACGAACCCAACCGAGGACUAGUUGGCUAUCAAGACAUCUCCAUCAUACCUCCCGAGCAACAGCUUCAAUUGGGUACAUCACCUACAGCAUUCCAAGCCAUCUUAACGGGCUCUGGGCGAGCUUGUGAGGUGGCUACGUGGAAUUUUGGAGGUUUCGGUCCUCACCAGACCGGCCGCGAACUGAUUGACCCAGCAGGGGUCUCUGCCUGGCUACCAGCAGAUUUUGAUGACACUAAAUAUGGCUGGAAACGUGACCCAGGAUGGAAGCUAGGAGAGUGCAUAUGGGCGCAGCAUGGGGUGUGGGAUCCCUCGUCAGACGAGCUGCUGCAGAAAGACUAUUUUUCAAAGAAUCCCAAGACCGGGGAGCCUCUUGACUACGAUAGAUUCACCAAUACCUAUUUUGUCCAACAUUAUCGCGCUUAUCGAGACGCUAUUCGAAGCGUGCACCCAGAGACGAUAAUGUUUUGCCAGCCACCUGUUAUGGAGAUCCCCCCGGCGCUGAAAGGGACUGAAGAUGAUGAUCCAAACAUGGUGCAUGCCGUCCACUUUUAUGAUGGACUCACCCUUCUCACAAAGCAUUGGAACCGCAUGUACAACGUUGAUGUCAUUGGGGUUCUUCGCGGUAAGUACUUGACGCCGGCAUUCGCUGUCAAGAUUGGGGAAUCCGCAAUCCGCAACUGUCUUCGAAACCAGCUCAAGUUUCUUCGUGAGGAAAGUUUUGAGCAUAUGGGAGACCACCCUCUCUUGUUCACGGAAAUUGGCAUUCCCUACGACAUGGACGACAAAUAUGCAUACAAAACCGGCGAUUACAGUAGCCAGAUUAGCGCCAUGGAUGCCAACCAUUUUGCGUUAGAAGGAAGUGGAUCGAAUGGGUUUACUUUAUGGCUAUACAUGACACAGAACAAUCAUCAAUGGGGUGAUCAAUGGAAUGGAGAAGACUUGUCAAUUUUCUCGAAAGAUGACCUCGAACUUCCUAGCCCAGAGGCUCUAGGAAACAGUACAGGAGUGUCGCUGGACCGAAAUUCUCCGUCAUUUUCGGAAAGCCGGAGUGCCACUGAUAAUGCCAAAGUAGCACCCCAUAAUAUCAGAACCGUCGUCGAAUCUCCGGUCAUAUCAUCCCAGUCAUCUCUCGUACAAUCAGAGCCAGAAGAGAAACCUGGGUUUAGAGCUGCAGAGGCUUAUGUCCGGCCCAGUCCAAUCUACACGGGCGGUGAUGUUCUCAAAUACGACUUUGAUCUCAAAAACUGCACUUUUACACUUUCGCUAAACGCCAACAAACCCACAGCACAAGAUGCUCCUACGGAGAUUUACUUGCCCGAAUUUCAUUUUCCCAAAUCCGAUGUUGUUGUGUCUGUAAGUGGUGGGAAAUGGUCUAUUGAGGUUCUGGAUGAGUCGAGUUCUUACCAGACCCUCAAGUGGUGGCACGCCGAAGGUGAUCAGGAUAUCAAGGUUCAAGGCGUGCGUCGCAAGGCGAGUGACAUUGUCGCUGGUUAUGAAGACGAGACUGACUUCAUGAACGACGACUACCAGCGGAAAGAAGUGCGCCGAAGACAGCGGCAGACUUUGUCAUGUUUGCCAUGUCGCCGGCUCAAGGUAAAAUGCGACAGAAAUCAGCCAUGUGGGCAUUGUGUUUGGAGUGAGAGGGCUUCAAGUUGCCACUAUGCGACAUUUCCCAAGACUGUGCCGGCAAAUGCGGUCAAGGAUGGCGGCCAUGUCUCUCCAGCACAGUCAGCUGACCCUUCAAAGACGAAUGUGCUUUUGUUACCAAAGACCCAAUCUAGUUCUUCUGCUACAUCUAGCAACGCAGAUUCACCGAUAUCUUUCCUGCAAAACUACGAUCCGCAUGAUAUUUGGAAUUCAAAAUUCCGAGGACCAACACAUUGGCUCACUGUUAGACGCCAGCUCCAGGUAAAUGAUAUGUGUCCGAAAUCACACGAAGGCAGCAGCCUUAUCGGCGGCAUUCAUGAGAGAAUCAGCAAUCGCUUCAGUUCGGUGCUUUCUCCAAACUGGCCCCUUGGAUCGGGGUACGAGGGCACCAAUAUGAGCAAAGCGAAAAUUCUUUCCUACAUUCCAGAUCGCCCCGCCACUACAAUAAUUAUCAAUAACUACAUGGAAACUAUUGAGCGACUGCAUCCUCUUCUACAUGUCCCCACGUUCUAUGAGGAAUUAGACCACUUCUGGGACAAUCCCAAAGCUAUAGAUGAUGCAUGGCUUUCUCAGUUCCUUGUGAUGCUAGCUCUGGGCUAUCAAUCACUACGUGACCAAAGCAUGGUGUCUUUUGAUAAAGACUUAUUGCUCAAGUACCUACAAGGGGCUGAAGUCUGCUUGAAAAAUACACCAUUUUUCAUCGUUCCAGUACUCACUUCUUUACGAGCACUCAGCAUGAUGGCCCUAGCCAGACACAUUUUAUCAUCAAGUUGCAUCGAGUCAGAUUCCUGUGGUCCUCUUAUGAGCACUGUGGUACGGCUUGCCAUGUCAAUUAGCCUACACAUAGAUCCCCAGCAUGAAGACAGCAUGAGCGUUUUUGAUAUGGAAAUCCGAAGACGUCUCUGGACGACUAUUGCAUUAAUGGAGGCCCAAAUGCACAUGUCCAGUGGCACGCCUUUCUUGCUUCGUCCGUCAGACUUCGAUACUCUGCCCCCAUUGAACGUGAAUAAUGAUGAGUUGAAACCGUCCAAUUUUAGCAGUUUACCUGUCCGUCCUAUGUCCGAGUACACAGACUCGACCUUUCAAAUUAUCUUAGCGCGGUGCUUUCCGGCCUCUUUUGAGAUAUUGACUCGGGUGAACUCACCAUCUAGGCGAUUCGAGUACGAGGAAGUUUUACACUAUCACUCACAAGUUAAAAAUUUACUCCAGGAGGCGUCACAAUGGACCAUUUCGACGCCACCGGAGGAAUGGAGGCAGCUGCAAUGGUUCAUGGUGGAAAUAUUCCUACGACGCGUUCUCCUCGUGCUGCACUCAGACUACGGCCUACGGCCUAAUGCGGACGUUGAGUAUCCAGUGUCAUAUUGGUCUACUCUGGAGUCUUCGCUUGCGCUCCUCGUCAUACAGCGGCAGAUGAGUGAAGACUUGAAUUCGCCACUGGGCCGGUUAUGGCUGGCGGAAUACUUCAAGCACGAUUUUUAUAUUGCCAUAUUGGUCAUAUGCGUACUGCUCGCACGCACAAAUGCUAUCAACCGGGAUUUGGCGCCUUUAGACCAGAAAAUCGAGAUUCCCCAAAGGGAGACCAUUCUCCAGACGUUGUUUUGCUGUCGAGAGAUCUGGGCCAGGCGGAUUUGCCGCACUUACUGUCAGUUUCUCUCGCAUAUGAACCUUGAUACCACCAUCGCGCGCAUCACCAUCCCGGAGACUGCCACUGUGUCGUCUGCCGAUAUCGAGCACGCGAGCUUCCGAUUCAGUGUUCGGAUGCUGAAGCAUUGCAAAUGCGGCAACUGUCCCACAGAACCAGGCAGCUUGAAAGCACUGUUCUCUGACCAUCCCUAUUAUGUAGCUGCAUAA